CGGGGGGCGAGCGCAGCGGCCGCCUAGGCGCCCGGGGCCCGGGAGUGGCGACAGCGACGGCGACAGCGGCGUCCCCGGCCCGGCCUCGCGCGCGCUCAUCUCGCUGUCGGUGGCCGAGCCCCUGCGAAGGUCAAGAUGGAAGAGAUCCUGAGGAAGCUGCAGAAGGAAGCGUCCGGGAGCAAGUACAAAGCCAUCAAGGAGAGCUGCACCUGGGCCCUGGAAACCCUGGGUGGUGUGGAUACCAUUGUCAAGAUCCCUCCACACUUGCUAAGGGAGAAAUGCUUGCUUCCUCUCCAGUUGGCUUUGGAAUCCAGGAAUGUGAAACUGGCCCAACAUGCCUUGGCAGGAAUACAGAAGCUUCUGUCAGAAGAGAGGUUUGUAUCCAUGGAAACAGACUCUGAUGAGAAGCAGCUGCUCAAUCAGAUCCUGAAUGCUGUGAAAGUGACGCCUUCCCUCAAUGAAGACCUGCAGGUGGAAGUGAUGAAGGUUUUACUCUGCAUCACCUACACCCCAACAUUUGACCUGAACGGGAGUGCAGUGCUGAAGAUUGCAGAGCUGUGUGUCGCAUGCCAUAAAGCUGGACGUCCACAAAUGCAUGAAAUGAUUAAAAGGUCCAUUACGAAACUCCUCACUGCCCUGUGUCUUCGUGCGCUCCCUGGCCACCAGGGGCCUGUGGCUUUUCACAAGGUGUGCAUUGAGACAUACAUAUGUAGCUGUCACCAGCGUAGUAUAAACACUGCUGUGCGGGCAACUCUCAGUCAAAUGCUGAGUGACUUGACUUUACAGUUACGACAAAGGCAGGAAAACACGAUAAUUGAAAACCCGGAUGUCCCGCAGGAAUUCAGGAAUCCAGGGUCGACAGUUGAGUCCCUCUGUGAUGACCUUGUCUCCGUGCUCACUGUUCUGUGUGAGAAGCUGCAAGCCGCCAUCAAUGACCAGCAGCAGCUGCAGCUCCUGUACUUGGAAUGUGUCCUGUCCGUGCUCAGCAGCUCCUCCUCCUCCAUGCGCCUGCACAGAGGCUUCACAGACCUGAUCUGGAAAAACCUGUGCCCUGCUCUCAUCGUGAUCCUGGGGAACCCAAUUCAUGAUAAAAGCAUCACCUCUGCUCACAGUAGCAGUGCUGCUUCUGGCAUCGAGUCAGACUCUGCAUCUCCGGGAGUUUCUGACCAUGGCCGGGGGUCAGGCUGCUCGUCCACUGCGCCAGCCCUGAGUGGGCCAGUGGCUCGGACCAUUUAUUACAUCGCAGCUGAGCUGGUCCGGCUGGUAGGGUCGGUGGACUCCAUGAAGCCCGUGCUCCAGUCCCUCUAUCACCGUGUGCUGCUUUAUCCCCCACCCCAGCACCGGGUGGAAGCCAUCAAAAUAAUGAAAGAGCUACUUGGGAGCCCACAGCGUCUCUGUGAUUUGGCAGGACCCAGCUCCACUGAACCAGAAUCUAGAAAAAGAUCAAUUUCAAAAAGAAAGUCUCAUCUGGAUCUUCUCAAACUCAUCAUGGACGGCAUGACGGAAGCGUGCAUCAAGGGCGGCAUCGAAGCGUGCUACGCCGCCGUGUCCUGCGUCUGCACCUUGCUCGGGGCCUUGGACGAGCUCAGCCAGGGCAAGGGCUUGAGCGAAGGCCAGGUCCAGCUGCUGCUGCAGCGCCUGGAGGAGCUGAAGGACGGCGCCGAGUGGAGCCGGGACUCCAUGGAGAUCAACGAGGCCGACUUCCGCUGGCAGCGGCGUGUCCUGUCCUCGGAGCACACGUCGUGGGAGUUGGGGAACGAGAGGAGCCCCGACAUCAGCAUCAGCGUGACCACCGACACGGGCCAGACCACGCUGGAGGGCGAGAUGGGCCAGACGACGCCCGAGGAGCACUCGGACCACCACAAGAGCAGCCUCAAGUCGCCAGCCGCGCCCGAGAGGAAGGAGAUUCUGAGCAAGGUGCCGGAGCCCGAAGCCGUUGACCAACCAGACGUGGUGCAGAGAAGCCACACGGUUGCUUUCCCCGACAUAACUAACUUCCUGUCAGUGGACUGCAGGAUGAGGUCGUACGGCUCCAGAUACAGCGAGAGCAAUUUCAGCGUGGAUGACCAAGACCUUUCGCGGACCGAAUUUGAUUCCUGUGAUCAGUACUCGAUGGCGGCCGAGAAGGACUCGGGGAGGUCAGACGUGUCGGACAUUGGGUCAGACAACGGCUCGCUGGCGGACGAAGAGCAGACCCCUCGGGACUGCCUGGGCCACCGGUCCCUGCGGACUGCCGCUCUGUCCCUGAAACUGUUGAAGAACCAGGAGGCGGACCAGCACAGCGCCAGGCUGUUCCUGCAGUCCCUGGAAAGCCUCCUCCCCCGCCUGCUGGCUCUGCCCAGCGUGGAGGAGGUGGACUCGGCCCUCCAGAACUUCGCCUCUACCUUCUGCUCAGGCAUGAUGCACUCCCCCGGAUUUGAUGGGAGCGGCAGCCUCAGCUUGCAGAUGCUGAUGAACGCGGACAGCCUGUACACGGCAGCGCACUGCGCCCUGCUGCUCAACCUGAAGCUCUCCCACAGCGACUACUACCGCAAGCGGCCCACCCUGGCCCCAGGCGUGAUGAAAGAGUUUAUGAAGCAGGUCCAGACCAGCGGGGUGCUGAUGGUUUUCUCCCAGGCCUGGAUUGAGGAGCUCUACCAUCAGGUGCUCGACAGAAACAUGCUUGGAGAAGCUGGCUACUGGGGCAGCCCGGAGGAUAACAGCCUGCCCCUCAUCACCAUGCUGACCGACAUUGAUGGCUUAGAGAGCAGUGCGAUUGGGGGCCAGCUGAUGGCCUCGGCUGCCACCGAGUCUCCUUUCACCCAGGGCAGGAGAAUUGAUGACUCCACAGUGGCAGGUGUGGCAUUUGCUCGCUAUAUUCUGGUAGGCUGCUGGAAGAACCUGAUCGAUACUUUAUCAACCCCGCUGACUGGCCGAAUGGCGGGAAGCUCCAAAGGAUUGGCCUUCAUUCUGGGAGCUGAAGGCAUCAAAGAGCAGAACCAAAAGGAACGGGACGCCAUCUGCAUGAGCCUCGAUGGGCUGCGGAAAGCGGCGCGGCUGAGCUGUGCUCUAGGAGUUGCGGCUAACUGCGCCUCAGCCCUUGCCCAGAUGGCGGCGGCCUCCUGUGUCCAGGAAGAAAAAGAGGAGAAGGAAGUCCAAGAGCCUAGUGAUGCCAUAGCACAAGUGAAACUGAAAGUGGAGCAGAAACUGGAGCAGAUCGGGAAGCUGCAGGGGGUCUGGCUGCACACCGCCCACGUCUUGUGCAUGGAUGCCAUCCUCAGCGUAGGCCUGGAGAUGGGAAGCCACAACCCAGACUGCUGGCCGCACGUGUUCAGGGUCUGUGAAUACGUGGGCACACUGGAGCACACGCAUUUCAGCGACGGCGCCUCUCAGCCCCCUCUGACCAUCAGCCAGCCCCAGAAGGCACCAGGGGGCUCCGGACUCCUUGGGGACCCAGAGUGCGAGGGCUCGGCCCCAGAGCAGAGCCUAGAGCCAGAGAGCUCCCUGAGCGCGGCCCCCGUCAUCCAGCCGCUCUCCAUCCAAGAGCUGGUCAGGGAAGGCAGCCGAGGCCGGGCCUCGGACUUCCGUGGGGGCAGCCUCAUGACUGGGAGCAGCGCUGCCAAGGCCGUGCUCACACUGUCCACCCAGGCUGACAGGCUCUUUGAAGAUGCUACGGACAAGUUGAACCUGAUGGCUUUGGGAGGGUUCCUUUACCAGCUGAAGAAAGCGUCGCAGUCCCAGCUCUUCCAUUCUGUCACGGAUACAGUGGAUUACUCCCUGGCAAUGCCAGGAGAGGUUAAAUCCACCCAAGACCGAAAAAGCGCCCUCCACCUAUUCCGCCUCGGGGAUGCCAUGCUGAGGAUCGUGCGGAGCAAGUCGCGGCCACUGCUCCACGUGAUGCGCUGCUGGAGCCUUGUGGCCCCACACCUGGUGGAGGCUGCCUGCCAUAAGGAAAGGCAUGUGUCUCAGAAGGCCGUUUCCUUCAUCCAUGAUAUACUGACAGAGGUUCUCACUGACUGGAAUGAGCCGCCUCAUUUUCACUUUAAUGAAGCACUUUUCCGACCUUUUGAGCGUAUCAUGCAGCUGGAGUUGUGUGAUGAGGAUGUCCAAGACCAGGUUGUCACAUCCAUUGGCGAGCUAGUUGAAGUUUGUUCCACGCAAAUCCAGUCAGGAUGGAGGCCCUUGUUCAGUGCGCUGGAAACUGUGCACAGUGGGAACAAGUCUGAGGUGAAGGAGUAUCUGGUUGGUGAUUAUUCCAUGGGAAAAGGCCAGGCUCCAGUGUUUGAUGUAUUUGAAGCGUUUCUCAAUACCGACAACAUCCAGGUCUUUGCUAAUGCAGCCACAAGUUACAUCAUGUGCCUUAUGAAGUUUGUCAAAGGACUGGGGGAGGUGGACUGUAAGGAAAUAGGAGACUGUAUCCCGGGACCCGGAGCCACGGCCCCAGACCUGUGCCUCCCGGCCCUGGAUUACCUCAGGCGCUGCUCUCAGUUACUGGCCAAAAUCUACAAAAUGCCCCUGAAGCCAAUAUUCCUUAGUGGGCGACUCGCUAGCUUGCCUCGGAGACUUCAGGAGCAGUCGGCGAGCAGUGAGGAUGGAAUGGAGUCGGUCCUGUCUGAUUUUGAUGACGACACCGGGCUGAUAGAAGUCUGGAUCAUCCUCCUGGAGCAGCUGACAGCAGCUGUGUCCAACUGUCCACGUCAGCACCAACCGCCAACCUUGGAUUUACUCUUUGAGCUGUUGAGAGAUGUGACCAGAACACCUGGACCAGGAUUUGGUAUCUAUGCGGUUGUUCACCUCCUCCUCCCUGUGAUGUCCGUUUGGCUCCGCCGUAGCCACAAAGACCAUUCAUACUGGGAUGCGGCUUCUGCUAAUUUCAAGCAUGCCAUUGGCCUGUCUUGUGAGCUGGUAGUGGAGCACAUUCAAAGCUUUAUACACUCAGACAUCAGGUAUGAGAGCAUGAUCAACACAAUGCUGAAGGACCUGUUUGAGUUACUGGUAGCGUGUGUGGCCAAGCCCACAGAAACCAUCUCCAGAGUGGGCUGCUCCUGUAUUAGGUACGUCCUCGUCACCGCGGGCCCCGUGUUCACUGAAGAAAUGUGGAGGCUUGCCUGCUGUGCCCUGCAGGACGCCUUCUCCGCCACCCUCAAGCCCGUGAAGGAUCUGCUGGGCUGCUUCCACAGCGGCACCGAGAGCUUCAGUGGGGAAGGCUGCCAGGUGAGGGUGGCGGCCCCCUCCUCCUCCCCCAGUGCCGAGGCCGAGUACUGGCGCAUUCAAGCCAUGGCUCAGCAGGUGUUUAUGUUGGACACCCAGUGCUCACCAAAGACUCCAAACAACUUCGAUCAUGCUCAGUCCUGUCAGCUCAUUAUUGAGCUGCCUCCUGAUGAGAAGCCAAAUGGACACACUAAGAAAAGUGUGUCUUUCAGGGAAAUUGUGGUGAGCUUGCUGUCUCAUCAGGUGUUACUCCAGAACCUGUAUGACAUCUUGCUAGAAGAGUUCGUCAAGGGCCCCUCUCCCGGAGAGGAGAAGACGGUGCAAGUCCCGGAGGCCAAGCUGGCCGGCUUCCUCAGGUACAUCUCCAUGCAGAACUUGGCAGUCAUAUUUGACCUGCUGCUGGACUCGUACAGGACGGCAAGGGAGUUCGACACGAGCCCUGGGCUGAAGUGCCUGCUGAAGAAGGUGUCUGGCAUUGGAGGCGCAGCCAACCUCUACCGCCAGUCGGCCAUGAGCUUUAAUAUUUAUUUCCACGCACUGGUCUGUGCCGUCCUCACCAACCAGGAAACCAUCACUGCUGAGCAAGUGAAGAAAGUGCUUUUUGAGGACGAGGAGAGAAGCACAGAUUCGUCCCAGCAGUGCUCGUCAGAGGACGAAGACAUUUUUGAGGAGACGGCCCAGGUGAGCCCCCCGAGGGGCAAGGAGAAGCGGCAGUGGAGGGCCCGGCUGCCCUCCCUGAGCGUGCAGCCCAUCAGCAACGCCGACUGGGUGUGGCUGGUCAAGCGGCUGCACAAGCUGUGCAUGGAGCUGUGCAACCACUACAUCCAGAUGCACCUGGACCUGGAGAGCGGCAUGGAGGAAGCGCCCGUCUUCAAGAGUGACCCGUUCUUCAUCCUUCCCUCCUUCCAGUCGGAGUCAUCCACCCCAUCAACUGGCGGGUUCUCGGGGAAAGACACCCCUUCUGAGGACGACCGGAGCCAGACCCGGGAUCACGCCGGUGAGCCCGGCAGCCUGAGGGGGGGUGGCGGGGACCUGCUGCUGCUGCCCCCAAGCCCCAAGGUGGAGAAGAAGGACCCCGGCCGGAAGAAGGAAUGGUGGGAGAACGCGGGCAACAAAAUCUACACCAUGGCGGCCGACAAAACCAUUUCCAAGUUGAUGACGGAGUACAAAAAGAGGAAGCAGCAGCAUAACCUGCCCACGUUCCCCAAGGAGGUCAAAGUGGAGAAGAAGGGCGAGCCACUGGGUCCGAGGGGCCAGGACUCCCCGCUGCUUCAGCGUCCCCAGCACUUGAUAGACCAGGGGCAGAUGCGCCAUUCGUUCAGCGCGGGCCCUGAGCUGCUGCGCCAGAAGAGGCCCCGCUCUGGCUCCACUGGGAGCUCCCUGAGUGUGUCCGUGAGGGAUGCCGAAGCACAGAUCCAGGCAUGGACCAACAUGGUGCUAACAGUUCUCAAUCAGAUUCAGAUCCUUCCAGACCAGACCUUCACGGCCCUGCAGCCAGCGGUGUUCCCAUGCAUCAGCCAGCUGACCUGCCACGUGACGGACAUCAGAGUGCGCCAGGCUGUGAGGGAAUGGCUGGGCAGAGUGGGCCGGGUCUAUGACAUCAUCGUGUAGAAGACUCACAUUAACGAAAUACAAUAGUGGAGGUUAGAGAAUGCCUCCUGGUCCAACAGAUAGCAUUUUCCCCACCACCAGCCCCACUGAAACCAGUGUCUCGGAGAACAGUCUGCCCCUCCCUCGCUAAUCAGCACAGGGGCCAUUCUGGACACUCACCUUGUAUCUAGAGGACACAAACGAUACUUUGAUUUUGCACAUUAUUUCAGAAAAGUCUCCAUUCUUUGACAUAUUUCUAAAUCUUGAUGUUUAUUUCCCAGUGCUUUUGCCUGCAAUGUUAUUCCCAAAAGGGUCCCUUUCAAGGACUACUCCUUUGAAAACACUACACUCAUCCAUCUGAUUUUUUUUUCUUUUAAAUGCAAUUGUUAAGGAAAUAUCUGCUGGUAAGUCAAGCUGAUGUAUAAGCACUCAGGCAUCUGGUAGCAGACAUUCUCCAUCAGAGGAAGAUUUUCAUUAUGAUUGUGGGCUUAGCAGGGAAGAAAACAGUUGGAAAAACAUAUUCUUGGCUGUCAUAAUCAAGGGGAUGACUUCCUCUGUAAAAUGUUCCAGAACGUUUCAAAGUUGUCCUAAAUUGUCAAGAUUUUCUGGUUGGUAUGCACCAACUUCUUUUAAGGUACUGUUGUGCCUUUAUUUCCCUAUUUCUAAAGGAAGAAAAUGCUUUCCUGGCAGGGUUUUAAGUCUAUGUCCUGGCAGCUUUUGGCACACAGCUCCCAGUGAUAGUGGCCAAUAGAGAUCUUGUCAAGAGACGUUAAGACUGACCCGCCACCCUGGCUUCCCAUCAGCCUUUGCUUUUGCUCCCAAAGCAAAACAGGAAAGGGAAAGAAAAAAUGGUGCCUUAGUUUCUUGUUGCACAGACAUUUCUUUGCUCCAACUAUCUGAACAUAAGGCAGAACAUCAGGUUUUUAAGAAAACAAAAUGUUAAACUGCAACUCAUUUUGUAUCAGCAUCCUUGGAGGAAAGGACUCAGUUCUCCAUCCAGUGAGCCGACUUCUCAGGGAAUGGGGCAGGAAGUGUGGGGUGGUAGGAAGACAACUGGAAGGGGUAAGAAAGGAGAUUGGGAUGAAGUCAUUUUCAACCUUAAAAUAUUAUGCAACCGUCACAUGAAAUUAUAGUGUCAGGCGUACAAGCUCUAGUCUCAGAAGAAAAUAAAACUAAAGAAGGGGGCACAGUGAAAUUUAGGAAAUUAAGUUUCUCAAUUUAAAAUAUUUGUCCUCUCUGGCAAGUAAAUUUACCCUAUGUCUGAGGUCUUUCUAAAUGGCUAUUUUACAUGGAUAUUUCUUUUAGAUAGAACUAGAAAAUUAAUUUGGAAACUUUAUCUUCUUUACAAUAUACUUAGUAGUUCUUAUAAUGACUGAAACUCCUCAACCAGGCCCACUCAUAUACAUUCUAGAAAGUAGAGUUAGUUGCUAAGACCUACAUUAUCAUUCUCCCAGCCCCUUAAAAUGUGUUCAUAAUUGAGUGUCAUUCUUUAAAAAUAAAACAUCAACUCUUCAGUAUAGAAGUAAGGAUUUAAAACUAACAACUUUACUCAGUGCUGGUAUUGGUAAACUUUGUCUUCCUUGAGAAAAAGGUAACUAUCUACAAGGUUAAGAUGAAGACAGGGUUCCCUGAUUUAUUUAGGCAAUCUAAAAGAACCCCAUCAUUCCAUGUACCAUCCAGAGAUCACCACAGAGUCCAGAAGACGCCUUUCCAGUUCCACAGCACCCUCUCUUUGCCUUCAAGACAAAAAAGCUUAGAAACAGAUCAACUAUUUUAUCUUGACAAGCAAUGAAUGUUGGGGAUAGCAAUUAGCUAUAGUCUAUACUUUUAAAUCUUUAUAUUUUGAAAGUAGACGAGAGUCAGGUACUUUUUUGUUUUAACAAAAGCUACAAAAAGAAACAGAACCACCAUGAUGUACUGCGAAUCUGAGGUUUAGUUCCCCUUUGUGAGCCCAUGAGGACCCCAAAAUUCACUUUGGGGGUGGGGAAGGAGCUUCAGUAGAGCAGAGUAUCAAAUCAGAGUGAUUAUAAAAUGUUUAUAUGUAGCAACUUUUUAUAAAGUGUAAAAAUUCGAGGGAAGCCAGUCUCAAUGUAGAAUGUCACGUCCCGGAGUAUGUUAGUUAACUUUAGAAAUCAGAAUCCAUUCUCCCAUAGAUGCUCUCUUAUGAGAUCCAAGGCUAAUUUAUGAAAAUAAACUGCUUGUAGGUUCCAAGAAUUAAAAAGUGAGAAAAUGUACAUAGUUCUUUACCUACAGUUUUUAAGAGGGUUUUGGCCCCUUCCCAUCAUCUAUUCUGCAGCCUACCCCAAAGCCCACAUUGGUCUCCAGCCACCUCCACUCCCAGCAUACCCUGUGCUCCACAUCCACAUCAGAUUUCAACCAGAAAGUUAGCUAAACGACCAUAAUGCUUCCCAGAGGUAUCUAUGGUUGUCAAAAAGGAUAUUGCCUGAGGCAAAUAAUCUCCAAUGAAUAGGACGUCAGGUCACAGUGAAGUGACCACGCCCUGGUCAGCCCCUCACACUUUCCUGGUGUCUUGGUUUCUGCCUUUCCACAUCUCUUCCUUCACUCCCUCUCUCCCAAGGUCUUUGAAAGACCAAGGUCAAGACAGCCUUGGUGGUUAAAACAGUAUUACCAUAUAUUUACUGAUCUAAGCAGAAUAAGAUUUUGCACGUUGCUUUCAGUUGCCUGUAUUUACUGCCAAAAGUGUGUUACCCUAAGGUUGAGAUUUACUCUUUUUAAUAUUUUGGUAAAGGAUGCAUUAGGAAAGCACCUAAAAAAUUCAGAGUGUUUAGGAAUUCCUGACAGCCAAGUAGACCACACUUAUCAUCAGAUUUCUCCUUGCCAUAAGGGCAGAGGUUUGAUGGAGGGCCAGAAUCUCUCCUAGCUCUUGCCUCUCCUGAUUAGCUUUUGAAGAUUUUUUUUUUAAAUUUAUUUGGCAGAGAGAGACACAGCAAAAGAGGGAACACAAGCAGGAGGAGUGGGAGAGGGAGAAGCAGGCU